CAUCAAUGCAUCAACCUUCAGAACGACCGCAAGCUUCCCUCGUACACAUAUCACCUGAAAGCUCUGUGAGGACUGAUAACCACUUGCGUGUGGUGCAGCAGAUUCAGCCGAAAUCUACUACUGCGCGGUUUGUUUCUGUUCUGGAUGCGACGUGGCAGGGGCCCCAGAAUUCCUCCAUUAAGAGGCGGCCAUUUCGAGCAAGCUUCGCCGUCGGCGCAUCGCGUUGCCUCAACACUGUGGGUGGGUCGCCUACUCGUUACUCCCAUGUGCAAGAGCAUUGUGCAAUCUUGAACGAACAGCAGAGAACGCGCACUUUCCGUUUCCUCAAGGAUUCACCCCAUUCGAACGCGUUGUUCCGCGCAUACAGUCAACUUGCCGCGACGAUACAGACACAAAUGGCUAUCACGGCACCACUACGCUCCCUACAAGCAUGAAUCGCAUCCAAUGGUCCCUCAAGGACACCGACGGGGCCGGAGCGAGUAGGGUGUCCAGCUUGAGCGACCGAUCGUUACAGAUCGGGUGAUAUGCGCGAUAUCCUUAAGCCUAGCGCCUCCUUCCCUGUCGAAACUUCAGGUACGUAGGUGAAUACACACGUGUAUAUGGAUAGCCGGUGCGUAUCUGCGUCCAGAUUGUACUGCGUGUCCAUUUACGUACGAUCUUGAUCUUGGGCCAACAGCUCGAGCAGACCACCCCCAAUCACUCAGCUCGCUUGAAGUGUCCACGCGCCGUCCGCGCGGGACUGCAGGUACCUCCUUACCUCUGAAGACACAUUGGAUUGCUAGCGGCCCGACGGUAAGACCUCG